AGGCGUGGUUUACUCUAGCGCAGAAAAUUGCGGACAAGAUGAAGUGUGUUGCUCUUCUCUCUCUCUUGCUUGUAGCUGUUGUCUAUGCACAGGAGGACGGAUAUAGAUGUGUAACUCCACCAAGGUGGAGGGGAACCUUCAGAGAGAUUGAUUAUGAUAGUGGGUUUGGACGUUUUGGUAAUGUAAGUUAUGACCAGUAUUUGGAGGCCAUCAGUAUAACUGAAGUUGAACGCAGCCCUGGUGGGGGGUCACGCUUUGAAGCUAUUUUGGAGGUUUUCUUAUUCAAAGAGAGAAAAUCCUACCGUGUUGAUCUCCGAACUAGGCAGUGCGAAGAGAGGGAUCUAACUGAUGAGUUCAGGCCAUUUGGAGUUACCACAGACACAGAGUUAAAUGGAGUCAACUACAUUGGAGCUGAGAUUACUGGACUUGGAGUCAAAGUUGAUGAGUACUAUCGUCCUGAUAGGAUCCGUGGGGAUUUCUCUGGCAGUUUUGCUCCCUUUGGUCGUGAGUGUAUUCCAGUUCUUGAAUCAUAUGUCCACAGUGCUCGUGGACCUCCUCCAGCCUCACGUUCUGUUAACAUUGCCCGCCAGUUUUUAAACAUUGCCCCUGUGAGCUCCUUCCCACCAGACACAUUUAUGAAACCUCCAGAGUGCCCAUGAAGGAAAUCUUUAAGGAACAACUUAGCUGAACAUUAGUUUUUCACACCUUUAGUUGCUGUUGUUAUUGGCUGUAGCUGCAUGUUAUGCACGUACUUCACAUGCUAUGGUCUUGUGACCGAUGAAAUUAUUUGCUUUAGAAUGAAUCCUUUUGUCAAAAGCUA